AUGGACGUGGACGUAGACGUGGACGUGGACAUGGAGGUGGACGUGGACGUGGACGUGGACAUGGACGUGGACAUGGACGUGGACGUGGACGUGGACAUGGACGUGGACAUGGACGUGGACGUGGACGUGGACAUGGACGUGGACAUGGACGUGGACGUGGACGUGGACGUGGACGUGGAGUGGACGUGGAUUGGACGUGGACGUGGACGUGACGUGGACGUGGACGACGUGGACGUGGACGUGGACAUGGACCUGGACAUGGACGUAGACGUGGACGUGGACAUGGACGUGGACAUGGUCGUGGACGUGGACGUGGACGUGGACAUGGACGUGGACCGUGAACAAGACGUGGACUGGACGUGGACGUGGACUUGGAGAACUUGGACGUGGACAUGGACUGUGAACGUGGACCUGGACGUGGACAUGGACGUGGACGUGGACUUGGACGUGGACGUGGACGUGGACGUGGACGUGGAGGUGGACGUGGACGUGGAGGUGGACGUGGACGUGGACGUGGACGUGGACGUGGACGUGGACGUGGACGUGGACGUGGACGUGGACAUGGACGUGGACAUGGACGUGGACGUGGACGUGGACGUGGACGUGGACGUGGACGUGGACGUGGACAUGGACGUGGACGUGGACGUGGACGUGGACGUGGACGUGGACGUGGACGUGGACGUGGACAUGGACGUGAACGUGGACGUGGACAUGGACGUGGAGGACUUGGACGUGGACAUGGACGUGGACGUGGAGUGCACGUGGACGUGGACGUUGACGUGGACGUGGACGUGGACAUGGACGUGGACGUGGACGUGA